AUUUUCGCUGACAUUUGUUUGUUUAUCAUCGCAAGCCGCCCGGAAGCUUGGGAAAUUUUGCAUUUUCACACCAAAUUGCUCUAUUUUAAGUGGAAAAGUUGACCAAAAUUGCCAAUUAAGAUGACAAUUGGCAAAAAUAACAAGAUGGUUCAACACUUGAACUAUCGCGUUCGCGUCGUUCUCCAAGACUCUCGUACGUUUAUUGGCACCUUCAAAGCAUUCGACAAGCACAUGAAUCUCAUUCUCGGCGAUUGCGAAGAGUUUCGCAAGAUCAAAUGCAAGAACACAAAGUUGCCGGAACGCGAAGAAAAGCGUGUGCUUGGUUUUGUGUUGCUGCGCGGUGAAAAUAUCGUCUCGUUAACCGUUGAAGGUCCUCCGCCGCCAGAAGAGGGCUUACCAAGAGUUCCCAUUCCCGGAGCUGGAGGUCCUGGUUUUGGAAGAGCUGUUGGAAGAGGAAUUCCUCCCGGUAUGGCGGGCAUUCCUGCUGGAUUACAAGGCCCUGUACGAGGAAUUGGAGGUCCUGCGCCUCAAAAUAUGGCGCCAAUGCGAGUUCCCGGAAUGCCUGGCAUGCCGCCGAUGGGAAGAGGACAACCUCCUCCACAAAUGCCUCCGGGAAUGCGAGGCCCGAUGCCUGGAAUGAUGCGAGGACAACCUCCUCCGCGAUAUUAGACAUGAUUUGAUGGAACAAUUAAAGAAAUUUUCACUGUAAA